AUGCCGAGCCUUCUCGCUAUACCUGGAUCCCCCCUUUUUUCCUCCGUUACCCAUCUCUCUUUCGGGGAGACUGUCUCAUUGGAAGCUUGUCACUUGAGCGACGAGAGAUUUGCGGUCAAGUACAAGUCCUUCGGGCCGGCGCUCAAGCAUGUCUGCCUGAGCUUCAACGACAUAUUUCACGAUUUGGAAGCCGAAUACGAGGAGGCAGCCCGAUUUGGGGACCUAGAUGAGUUCGAGGAAAGAGAGCCAAGGGAGAGAAUCACAAAGCUGCUUCACAAGCGACUAUCCUUUACACUUAGGUCCGAUGUGGAUGAGAAGACGUCCUUGACGCUACACAACGCGUGGCCCGACGACAUUGAACCUGGGCUGGCCGAUACGAUGAUCUAUGAACUCCCGAGGAGUACGGAUAAUGGCGAGGAAGACUGGGAAAGGCAGCUCGCGAUGACGACUUGGGAGAUGACGUCUUACAUGUCAGAGUUGCAAGAGCGGAUGCAAGAUGACAGAUUGGGAGCCAAUGUCUGGCGACCCACGAUAAAACCUUGGAAGAUCCGAUUCACCAAUAUGGCGCCCAUCCCACCCAAUACCGACAUCAUUUCGGCCGUCCUCGAUGAUUGUCUCCUCGUUCGAGAUCAACAUUUCGAAGGGUUGUUCAAGAAGUGGUGGGAAGAAGUCGUCAGCUUUGAGGGACCAGUGAAGUGCGACUGCUGCGAGAUCUUCAAAAAGGGACACCCCAAAAUCAACGCCUACAAGUACUCCUACAAUACUCGCCGUGAGAAUUUCGAAAUCAUUCGGGAAGAAGCAGGUGAGAUUCGCGAAGAGUACGAAUUAUUCAAAGAGGCUGAAGCCGACUUCUACGAUAAUCUGUUUGCCCUAUCAGAGUGCUCCUCGCCAUAG